AUGGCUACCGCAGUAGGUAAACACGAAAGAAAACUUGAUUCAAAAGUGCUGGUCCAGACGUCAUUCCGGUGGUCAGAAACGAUAACGUUGCCUCAGAACCUAAACUGUUCAACGCACUUCCUUUUCGGAGCGUUCAGCAAGCUUAGCUUGCGCGCGAAUAAUUCCACACACGAUCGACAAGCGGACGAUAAAUCUCUACAUCUCCAUCGUAUCACUGCACUGAUAUUCAUUCCUAAUGUUAUCACCCUUCGGCGCAAAUACUCGCAGAAGAAGGAACGUUUCGGAAGUGUUCCAACUACGCGUCAUUCAGAGGCAAUCAAUAGAAGACCAGGUUAUGUAUACACCAGACGCCGCAGUAGGGACAACAAAAGUUUGGCAAUAUCGACUCGUACUCCGCAAUAG